CUGAGGUACGUGGACUUCGGUAUUUACCAGGGCACCCCCUUAAAGAUGAAUCGACCCGACUUUCUCAAUUGAAAAUUAGGAAAAGAGGAACCAAAAAACCGUUUAGAAACUUCCGUAAUAUCAUUUGCGCCAAUAACGGAAACAGCUAUGGACGGGGCUUGCAUAGCACGUGAAAUCUUACCCAAGUCUAAGAGAGGAGGAAAAUUACAUUCACGACAUUGUUCGCCGCAACAUGGCCCGGGUCAAUUAUUACGUAAAAUUGGUUCGCCUCUCUUAUCUACAGAUGUAAAACGAGUACGUAAAACUAGAGCCACGCCUUAACCGAAAACAACAUUCGACGAUUCUUCGAGUGACCACGUUUCUCAUGGAUCUAGCAGUUUAGCAGUUCAGUAUGUGGUUACAGUCUGUCGAACAUGCCUGCAAAUCCAAGUGCAGGCCACUCUCGAAACGUAUUCAGAGGUAAAAAUAAUGUGGAGUUAUCGGUUACGUUAGCGGAGAAAAGCUCAAGCAACGAAAGGUUUUGUAGCUUUGAACUUAUCUUACAUCCAGAUGGGAGGGAGGAGACUUACCAGCAACUGUUCUCGGUAUUGGAUCAAUGCAAUCCAUUAUUUUAUUCAAUCACCUGGCACAACGUGGACAAUGUAUCAGUAGAAAAUCAUCCCUCGCUGAAGUUGUUUGAAAAAUGUUCAAACAUCACAUUGCUUCAUUUGACGGCAAAAGGAUCGACUCGUGGAACUGUGAUGCACGUAUUAAAUCGCGCACUUACAGUUGGAAAAACAAAUAUAUUCGCUUUGCAAGGAGAUUAUGAUAAACUUGGUGUUGAAUCAACUGCUACAGAUUUUUCAUACGCUGUUGACCUGGUGAAAUUCAUACGUGCUGAAUUUGGUUCAAAGUUCUCAAUAUGUGUAGCAGGAUAUCCAGAUAUGCAUCCAAAGUCUCCUUCAAAAGAAUCUGACCUCUUUUACUUGAAAGAAAAAGUCAAUGCCGGGGCAGAUUUCAUUAUAACUCAAAUCAUUUUUGAAUCACAAGUAUUCAUCAAGUUUGUGAAAGAUUGUAGACGCAUAGGAAUCAGCAUUCCGAUAAUUCCAGGAGUAUUUCUAAUUCCGGAUUCCAAAUCAUUGCACAAUGUUUCCAAAAAUUGCGAUGCCAAAAUACCUGAUAAUUUACUACAAGAUUUGGAGUUAAUCAAAGAUGAUGACGCAGCUGUACAAGAAUAUGGAAUGAAAUUGUCAACCAGAGUUGUCAAGGAAAUAUUCCAAAGUGGCACAGCCGUUGGGAUUCACGUAUUUACUUUAAACAGACCGAAGUUGGCCUUGGAAUUUUGUAAACGCCUUAGAUUCUGCAGGGUAUGAAAAUUGUGGAAAAAUGUCGAAUUACUACAUCAUACGAAAUUCGUUGAGUUGCUGAAGCUUGACCAAGGGUCCAUUAUGCUGAUCAUUACAAAAAUUUUCCUACCAUAGGUUUAAGCGGAAAUUUUACUUGAAGAGUGCAAAUGUUAUAUCCAUGAAAUUGUCAAUGUUAAAAAUGGCACUCAUGAAACUAAUUUCACACUGUACAUACUUUUAUACAGAAUUUUAUUUUACUCUAUAUGUAUUCAUACGUAUAUUUAUUAUUUUCAUAUAGCUCUGCAAUUACAUUUGAAAAUCGUUGUUGCUCAUGUAUCGCGUUACUCACUGGAUUUAGUUCGAUUAAUUACUACGACCAAAUUUGUAAAUCAAAUAAAAAUAUGCUAGUGUUGGAACAAUUCCUGUCUCAAUUUC